AUGCCUAACCCUUCGACGACUCUAAUCGGGCGUCGUCUCUGGUCCUGCGCCUGCGGAUCAGCGCAGGCUUUGGGUCUGCGAGGGACGACCAUCACUACCGCGACUGCGAAGAAUACCUGCCUGAAAGCCAGUCAACCGGCUGUCAGCCCCUCCUACACCAAAGCGAACGCAUUUAGAAGGUCGAUACAUUCAGGGCCGCAACACUCAUUCCCGCGGCCAAACAUCCAUACUGCGCGCCGAAGCUAUACGGGCAGCGGCCUGCUACUUGUCGGGCUCACCACCAAUCUCGCACCUACACAGGCAACAGCAGCAUGCACCGCCGCUGCCGAGUCCGCCACCACCAGCGGCCUGACGAAGUCCAAUGUUUACCAGCUAGCCCGGCAAGCGUGGCGAAGAGGGAUACACAGCAACUCGAGGGGUGACGGUCUUGCUGAAAGGAGGCAUUAUGGCUCCAAGAGUGGGAAACAAGAGGAGAAGGGCACGACGGCCCAGCCGAGGCAGGAUGUAUCGAAGCAGAAUGUACCGAAACCAGGAGAGCAGGGGAAGUCAGACGUAACGGACCCCGACGCCGAAUCCAUUACAUCCGCCAUGUCGAAAUAUCUGCACAUACCGAAGAUGCCACACCGGCCCACCCGGGACGAACUGUUAGCCGCCGCUAACGGAUUCCUGGGUCGCAUGAAGGUUCGAUUCAAGUGGGUGUCCAUUAGGAGCAUGCGACCGUGGAACAUUGAUGAAUGGGGCGCGUUCCUGUCGUGGUUUCUCUUCGGCCACCUUGUCUGGAUUCUUGUCGGGACCACGACGUUCUUCUCCCUGGUCAUCUUCAGCAUCAACACCGUUUUCGCGCAGGAAACCCUCGCCAAGUGGGUUGGCGACUCUCUGACCGAAUCUGCCGGUGUCACGGUCAUUUUUGAGUCGGCCAUUGUCCCCAAGUGGGGGGCCGGUGUAAUCAGCUUCAAGAACGUUUUUGUGUCACGGCGACCAGGACAGGUCACGUCUUCGGUGAGCAAGGGCUCUUCCGAGAACGCCGCGGCGAUAGCGGCUACCGGAAAGCAGGCCGAUCAGGAUAGCCAAGUCAUGGAAGAGGACGACGGCAACUACACCCAGUACGACCUGACCAUCGCCACGGUAAACGUGACCUUGUCAUUCCUGAAAUGGUGGAACAGGAAGGGUUUCCUGAAGGACGUCGAAGUAAAGGGCGUCCGUGGGGUGGUCGACCGCACAUCCGUGCAGUGGUCGGACGAAGCGGUUGACCCCCUCUCUUACCGCCACACCCAUGAGCCCGGUGACUUCGAGAUCGAUUCCUUCAAGCUGGAAGAUCUCCUCGUCACCGUCCACCAGCCCAACGGCUUCCGGCCAUUUUCGGUCAGCAUUUAUUCCUGCGAACUGCCGCAGCUCAGGAAGCAGUGGCUGUUUUACGACUUCCUCUCGGCGACGCACAUGUCCGGUUCGUUCGAUGGCUCUCUGUUCACCAUUCACCCGCGCCAAGUCCACGGCACCAUCGCUGGUGAGAAUGGAGACGUCGCAGAUGAUGUUGGCGAACCGUCGGCCUGGAAGAAGUUUAGCCGUCUGCGCAUCGACGGUCUGAAGAUAGACCACCUCAACCGAGGUGUCGUGGGUCCGUUCGGCUGGAUUUACGAGGGCAACGUCGAUAUCGUUGCCGACGUCAUGUUCCCCGCAGACGUUGACGAUGGUAUCACUAAAGUCAUGUCGGACUUCUACGAUCAGCUCGAAGACGUCGUCAUCUCCAACCGUAUGCGCCUGCUCCAAAAAGAUCUCCUGGCGACCACUGCCUCGGACCUUUUAGGGCCCACGCCCACAGAAGGCCAUCUUUCCCAGGCCGCACCGGGGCCCGCCGGGGAUGAAGCCCAGGAGUCUCCCGACACACCCGGAUUUUUCGACUUUUCAGAGGAAGACCGAAGGUACUUGAUCAUGGAUCUCCGGAUCCACAUGAACGAUGUCAAGGCCGCCGUGCCUCUAUUCACCAAGGACAUAUCAUACAUUAACCAGGCUCUUGUGCGUCCCAUUGUGGCCUACAUCAAUGCCAAGAAAACAUAUAUCCCCAUUAACUGCCGCAUUGUCAAACGCGUCACCGACUUUGACGGCAGCUGGUCCAUCUUCGACUGUGGUCUCAUGGACGAUAUGUCGGCCGAGACCUACGAGGCAUUCGCACGCGAUAUUGAAGAUCAGCAGAGCCGCGUUCGUCGGCUCAAGAAGGUCGGCUUCUGGACCUUGAGUCUUGCCGUCCACGCACUCUUUAUGGGAAUGGCAGGCAAUGUCAUCUAA